GCGCGCUCGGGGCCGCCUUUGUCCCCCGACUGACUUUCCUAAGGCGGCGGCGCGGCUCUAAGGCGAUGCUGGCGGCGGGGAAGAAGGCCGCGGUGGAGGCCCCGGUCGUCGUGGGUGGCGGUGGUGGAGGGGACGGGGUGGCCGAGGCCUCGGUGCCGCCGCCCCCGCCCCCUCCUCCCCCGCCGCCGCCCCUCUCCGGCUCCUUGGGCUCCUCGGAGGGCGGCGCGACGGCGGCCUCGGAACGGACGCCCCGCAAGAAGGAGCCAGCCCGCGCCUCGCCCCCGGGGGGUCUCUCGGAGCCGCCGCUCGCCGGGCCCAUCCUGGGCUCCGAGACCACCGGCAUCGCAGAGACCCCCGAAGGCCGCCGGACCAGCCGCCGCAAGAGGGCCAAGGUGGAGUACAGAGAAAUGGAUGAGAGUCUUGCUAACCUCUCUGAAGAUGAGUAUUACUCUGAAGAAGAAAGGAACGCUAAAGCAGAGAAGGAGAAAAAGCUGCCUCCUCCCCCUCCCCCUCCCCCACCUGAAGAAGAGAAUGAGAGUGAGACAGAAGAGCCAUCUGGGCAAGCAGGAGGACUUCAAGACGACAGUUCUGGAGGGUAUGGAGACGGCCAAGCAUCAGGUGUAGAAGGAGCAGCUUUCCAGAGCAGACUUCCACAUGAUCGGAUGACAUCCCAAGAAGCGGCUUGUUUUCCAGAUAUUAUCAGUGGGCCACAGCAGACUCAGAAGGUCUUUCUUUACAUCAGAAACCGAACGUUGCAGCUUUGGUUGGACAACCCGAAGAUUCAGUUGACGUUUGAGGUAACACUACAGCAGCUGGAAGCACCCUAUAAUAGUGACACUAUGCUAGUUCACCGAGUGCAUAGCUAUUUGGAGCGGCAUGGCUUAAUCAAUUUUGGAAUCUACAAAAGAGUGAAGCCCCUACCAACUAAGAAGACUGGCAAGGUGAUCAUUAUUGGUUCUGGAGUGUCUGGCUUGGCAGCAGCUCGUCAACUACAGAGUUUUGGCAUGGAUGUCACGCUCCUAGAAGCAAGGGAUCGUGUAGGAGGCAGAGUGGCCACAUUUCGGAAAGGGAAUUACGUUGCAGAUCUAGGAGCCAUGGUGGUAACAGGACUUGGUGGAAACCCAAUGGCUGUUGUGAGCAAGCAAGUCAACAUGGAAUUGGCCAAGAUAAAACAAAAAUGUCCACUUUAUGAAGCAAACGGACAAGCAGUUCCUAAGGAGAAAGAUGAAAUGGUGGAGCAAGAGUUCAAUCGUUUACUGGAAGCUACCUCGUAUCUAAGCCACCAGCUAGAUUUCAACGUCCUCAAUAACAAGCCAGUCUCCCUGGGUCAGGCUUUGGAAGUUGUCAUACAAUUACAGGAGAAGCACGUGAAAGAUGAACAGAUUGAACACUGGAAGAAGAUAGUGAAAACUCAAGAGGAACUUAAAGAUCUCCUCAAUAAGAUGGUGAAUUUAAAAGAGAAGAUAAAGGAACUCCACCAGCAAUACAAGGAAGCGUCUGAAGUUAAGCCACCUCGUGAUAUCACUGCAGAGUUCCUUGUGAAGAGUAAGCAUAGGGACCUGACUGCGCUCUGCAAGGAGUAUGACGAGUUGGCAGAAACUCAAGGGAAGCUGGAAGAGAAGCUUCAGGAGCUAGAAGCCAAUCCUCCUAGUGAUGUUUACUUAUCCUCAAGAGACAGACAGAUUCUCGACUGGCAUUUUGCAAAUCUAGAGUUUGCGAAUGCCACACCGCUGUCUACCCUAUCUCUGAAGCACUGGGACCAGGAUGAUGAUUUUGAAUUCACAGGCAGCCAUCUGACUGUGAGAAAUGGGUACUCCUGUGUGCCGGUGGCUCUAGCUGAAGGAUUAGACAUUAAGCUAAACACAGCAGUUAGACAGGUUCGCUACACAGCUUCAGGAUGUGAAGUGAUAGCUGUCAACACUCGCUCCACCAGCCAGACGUUUAUUUAUAAGUGCGAUGCUGUUCUGUGUACUCUUCCUUUGGGGGUGCUGAAGCAACAGCCUCCAGCUGUACAGUUUGUUCCUCCGCUUCCAGAAUGGAAGACAUCUGCUGUGCAAAGGAUGGGAUUUGGGAACCUGAACAAGGUUGUACUCUGUUUUGAUCGUGUGUUUUGGGACCCAAGCGUCAAUUUGUUUGGUCACGUUGGCAGCACAACAGCCAGCCGAGGAGAGCUUUUCCUGUUCUGGAAUCUGUACAAAGCACCGAUUCUACUGGCCUUGGUGGCUGGUGAAGCAGCUGGAAUCAUGGAAAACAUCAGUGAUGAUGUAAUUGUUGGGCGCUGCCUUGCUAUUCUCAAAGGCAUUUUUGGCAGCAGUGCUGUCCCCCAGCCAAAGGAGACGGUGGUGUCUCGCUGGCGGGCUGACCCUUGGGCCCGAGGGUCCUAUUCCUAUGUAGCAGCUGGCUCUUCAGGAAAUGAUUACGACUUGAUGGCUCAGCCAAUUACUCCAGGACCAGCCAUUCCAGGUGCUUCCCAGCCAAUUCCUCGCUUGUUCUUUGCGGGAGAGCAUACAAUUCGCAACUACCCAGCAACUGUUCAUGGUGCUCUGCUGAGUGGAUUGAGGGAAGCCGGGCGCAUUGCAGACCAGUUUCUCGGUGCUAUGUAUACUCUGUCUCGUCAGCCCACUCCUGGGGCAGCUGCUCAGCAGGCUCCUUCCAUGUAAAAACAAAAGAUGCAAGCUGCUGGGAGCAGUGCAGCAGGUUCAGGAAGCUUCCUGGGGCUCAUAGCCCUACUUGUUGGAAGGCUUAACAAGGAGUUGUAAGCAUCGUGUCCACAGAGUGGCAUUUCGGAGCAACAUCCAAGUCAACGCAGCUCAUCUGCCAAGCCAACCCUGGCUUACUGGAGCGGUGCCGGCCCCCCCGGAAUAGACUUCUGUGCUGUUUAGUGGGAUCUGUUUUGGUACUGAUGUGGUUUGGUUUGUUGUCUUCCUGGGUUUAGAAUUCUUGUAAGCUAGCUGCUGUUAGUGUCUAAAAAUAAGAUUGUGGGUCUUUGGUUUAGAAAGCAAAAAUAAAGCUUUCUGGUUUUUUUAAAAAGUGUCCAUUGAGAAAUGUAGGACCGUGACACACUGAGAACCAAUGGUGUGAUGGGUGUAAGGAGUUAUCUGGGAGAUUUAGAUUCAAAUCUCUGUUUCGUCACAAAGAUCUGCAUGCUCUAGGAGCAGCCAGUCCGUGGUCUCUUGAGCUAACCCGCUUCAGAAGGGUGGCUGUGAGGCUAAAAUGGGAAGGGAGGAGGUCUGUGCCACCUCAAGCUCUUUGGAGGAAGAAUCAGGGGCAAAGCUGUGCAGAGCUCUCCCCUGUGUGUUACUGAAAGGUUAUGAAUAUUGCCGGUUUACAGAUUCACUUCAAAGUUUGGGUUGAAAUAAUAUCCUUUCUUAGAACGGACACUAGGAGAUGCAGUGAAUCUAAGAGAAGAUGAGCACACUCCCGGUGUAGGCAAAGUUUGAGCUGAGAGACUCAGUCCAGGGCUUGCUCGUCAAUAUAUUAGGUGACCUAGUAAAAGCUAAAACAUGAGCUCUCCAGAUUUGU